AUGGGCUGGCCGCAAUCAAAGGCAGGGCGGGUCCCGGCCCUGGCCAGCCUGGGAUGGGCUGGCCGUAAUCAAAGGCAGGGCGGGUCCCGGCCCUGGCCAGCCUGGGAUGGGCUGGCCGCAAUCAAAGGCAGGGCGGGUCCCGGCCCUGGCCAGCCUGGGAUGGGCUGGCCGCAAUCAAAGGCAGGGCGGGUCCCGGCCCUGGCCAGCCUGGGAUGGGCUGGCCGCAAUCAAAGGCAGGGCGGGUCCCGGCCCUGGCCAGCCUGGGAUGGGCUGGCCGCAAUCAAAGGCAGGGCGGGUCCCGGCCCUGGCCAGCCUGGGAUGGGCUGGCCGCAAUCAAAGGCAGGGCGGGUCCCGGCCCUGGCCAGCCUGGGAUGGGCUGGCCGCAAUCAAAGGCAGGGCGGGUCCCGGCCCUGGCCAGACUGGGAUGGGCUGGCCGCAAUCAAAGGCAGGGCGGCCUGGGAUGGGCUGGCCGCAAUCAAAGGCAGGGCGGGUCCCGGCCCUGGCCAGCCUGGGAUGGGCUGGCCGCAAUCAAAGGCAAGGCGGGUCCCGGCCCUGGCCAGCCUGGGAUGGGCUGGCCGCAAUCAAAGGCAGGGCGGGUCCCGGCCCUGGCCAGCCUGGGAUGGGCUGGCCGCAAUCAAAGGCAGGGCGGGUCCCGGCCCUGGCCAGCCUGGGAUGGGCUGGCCGCAAUCAAAGGCAGGGCGGGUCCCGGCCCUGGCCAGCCUGGGAUGGGCUGGCCGCAAUCAAAGGCAGGGCGGUUCCCGGCCCUGGCCAGCCUGGGAUGGGCUGGCCGCAAUCAAAGGCAGGGCGGGUCCCGGCCCUGGCCAGCCUGGGAUGGGCUGGCCGCAAUCAAAGGCAGGGCGGGUCCCGGCCCUGGCCAGCCUGGGAUGGGCUGGCCGCAAUCAAAGGCAGGGCGGGUCCCGGCCCUGGCCAGCCUGGGAUGGGCUGGCCGUAAUCAAAGGCAGGGCGGGUCCCGGCCCUGGCCAGCCUGGGAUGGGCUGGCCGCAAUCAAAGGCAGGGCGGGUCCCGGCCCUGGCCAGCCUGGGAUGGGCUGGCCGCAAUCAAAGGCAGGGCGGGUCCCGGCCCUGGCCAGCCUGGGAUGGGCUGGCCGCAAUCAAAGGCAGGGCGGGUCCCGGCCCUGGCCAGCCUGGGAUGGGCUGGCCGCAAUCAAAGGCAGGGCGGGUCCCGGCCCUGGCCAGCCUGGGAUGGGCUGGCCGCAAUCAAAGGCAGGGCGGGUCCCGGCCCUGGCCAGCCUGGGAUGGGCUGGCCGCAAUCAAAGGCAGGGCGGGUCCCGGCCCUGGCCAGACUGGGAUGGGCUGGCCGCAAUCAAAGGCAGGGCGGGUCCCGGCCCUGGCCAGCCUGGGAUGGGCUGGCCGUAAUCAAAGGCAGGGCGGGUCCCGGCCCUGGCCAGCCUGGGAUGGGCUGGCUGCAAUCAAAGGCAGGGCGGGUCCCGGCCCUGGCCAGCCUGGGAUGGGCUGGCCGCAAUCAAAGGCAGGGCGGGUCCCGGCCCUGGCCAGCCUGGGAUGGGCUGGCCGCAAUCAAAGGCAAGGCGGGUCCCGGCCCUGGCCAGCCUGGGAUGGGCUGGCCGCAAUCAAAGGCAGGGCGGGUCCCGGCCCUGGCCAGCCUGGGAUGGGCUGGCCGCAAUCAAAGGCAGGGCGGGUCCCGGCCCUGGCCAGCCUGGGAUGGGCUGGCCGCAAUCAAAGGCAGGGCGGGUCCCGGCCCUGGCCAGCCUGGGAUGGGCUGGCCGCAAUCAAAGGCAGGGCGGGUCCCGGCCCUGGCCAGCCUGGGAUGGGCUGGCCGCAAUCAAAGGCAGGGCGGGUCCCGGCCCUGGCCAGCCUGGGAUGGGCUGGCCGCAAUCAAAGGCAGGGCGGGUCCCGGCCCUGGCCAGCCUGGGAUGGGCUGGCCGCAAUCAAAGGCAGGGCGGGUCCCGGCCCUGGCCAGCCUGGGAUGAGCUGGCCGCAAUCAAAGGCAGGGCGGGUCCCGGCCCUGGCCAGCCUGGGAUGGGCUGGCCGCAAUCAAAGGCAGGGCGGGUCCCGGCCCUGGCCAGCCUGGGAUGGGCUGGCCGCAAUCAAAGGCAGGGCGGGUCCCGGCCCUGGCCAGCCUGGGAUGGGCUGGCCGCAAUCAAAGGCAGGGCGGGUCCCGGCCCUGGCCAGCCUGGGAUGGGCUGGCCGCAAUCAAAGGCAGGGCGGGUCCCGGCCCUGGCCAGACUGGGAUGGGCUGGCCGCAAUCAAAGGCAGGGCGGAUCCCGGCCCUGGCCAGCCUGGGAUGGGCUGGCCGCAAUCAAAGGCAGGGCGGGUCCCGGCCCUGGCCAGCCUGGGAUGGGCUGGCCGCAAUCAAAGGCAGGGCGGGUCCCAGCCUGCCCAAGCCAAGCUGACCUGCUGGGAUGUCGAUCCGCGGGCCGCCAGAUGA